AUGUCCACUGUGGUCACCAUCCUCGAGAACCACACGCCCAUUCAAGCCCCGACCACGAAGAUCACCCGGACAGAGAGCAUGGAGCUGAGGUUCAGGUCCUUGGAGACGCUCGCCCAGGAUGGCCAUAGCCAGAUCGUGUCCACGGACGGCCCGCGGGCAGAUUCCACGUUGUCUAUGCAAAGCAGCAACAGGGGAGACGACCACUUCUACUCCAGCACAACCCGGCUCCUCGGUGACCGCAAGGAGUUCCCCGGGGUCACUGGCUCCUCCGAGGACGUUCACAAAAGCUCUCUUGAUAUAAGAUUCGAACAGAAUCUUCCUUUCCUGGUAAGUUGGAGAGAAAUUUCCCGAAUUUGGGCCAGAUGCAGGGCUGUGAUUGGGCCGGAUUCCAUGAAGCAAUUCAUGAAACGUUUAUAA